AUGCAUUCCCUCCCAAGUCCCCCUAUUUCCGACGCAGACUCACGAUGGAAGCCCGCCAUCGCGACAGUGAGUCUGGGAGCGGCACAUCUUCAUCCCAUUGAAGCCAAAUUGGAUGCCGCUGUACAGAAUGGCCAACAGGGGCUGGAACUCUUUCACGAUGAUCUCGCACAGCUGGCCCAGACCCUACGGUCGCAAGCAAGUGACAGUUUGUCCCGUACCGACCGAGACUACGAGAUCGACGCGGCGCACGUCCUCCGCGAUCUAUGUGCGGACCGUGAUCUGCAAGUCUUGGCUCUUCAACCCUUUCGACAGUAUGAAGGACUUCGAGACCGAGCCCGACAUACAGAACGGAUCGACGAACUCAAGCACUGGGUGCAGUUGUGCACCAUCAUGGGGGAUUCGCUUUUUAUCCUUAUUCCAUCCUCCUUCUUAGACCCCGAGGAAAUCACUGGCGACCGUGACCAGCUCGCUGCUGACUUGGCCGAGGCGGCCGAUGUGGCCUUUCCAGUGCGAAUUGCCUAUGAGGCACUGGCGUGGGGGACCUACAUCAAUACUUGGGAGGACUGCUGGGAUGUGAUCCAGCGAGCCAACCGCCCCAACCUGGGAAUUUGCUUGGACACCUUUAACAUUGCGGCCCGCCUUUGGGCCGAUCCCACGAACCCCAUGGGUCGUCUAUCCGCGCGUGCCGACCAAGAUCUCCAGGAAUCCAUGACCCGACUAGUUCGGGAGAUCGAUCCAGACCGGGUCUUGAUGGUUCAGCUCGCCGAUGGAGAGCGGGUGGACCCGCAGACUCCCUUCCUUCAUACGCCCGGGUUGUCCACGCUUCUGGCUUGGUCGCGGAAUGCGCGUCUGUUUCCGUACGAGGAGGAACGGGGUGGAUAUCUUCCCAUUCGUGAAGUCACCGAGGCUUGUAUCCCGCGUCUUGGCUAUACAGGGUGGGUCAGUAUGGAAGUCUUCUCGCGCACCCUCGGGGACGACAGCCCCACUGUCCCCAGUGAGCACGCAUCGAGAGCAGCUCGAUCCUGGCAGCGGGUCCUCAAAUUGCUGACUGAGACACCAAAUAAAUCCAGCAAUUUCUCUACGAGUACUCGUCUGGAAUGA